AAGUUGUGUAUGUGUGCAUGCAUGUGUGUAUGUGGUGUCUGAAUCGCAGUGUUCAUCAGGACUUCAGCUGGAUAGACCAUAGCUGCACUCAGUCGGGAGUGAGAGUUUGAGUGGGGCGAGGAGUGUGUAUGUGUGCGUGUAUGUAUGUGUGAGUGUGUGUGCCAUCAACUGGACUGCAGUUUGCCCAUCAGCGAAAGAACAUCUUUCUACGCCUCCAUCACUUUCAUCUUCCUCUUCACCACCUCCUUCACCUCCUCCUCUUCGUCCGCCUCCUUGCCAGCAUGACGCGGCGGUGCUGCCUCAAACAUCGCAUUUUCAAGGAAUUCCUUGCUGAGUUCUUGGGCACUUUUGUGCUGGUGUUGUUUGGCUGUGGUUCUGUGGCCCAGACGGUUCUGAGUAGGAACACUCUCGGGGAGAACCUGACCAUCCACAUUGGCUUCUCCACGGGCCUCAUGAUGGGAGUGUACGUGUCUGGAGGAGUAUCAGGAGGACACCUGAAUCCAGCUGUGUCCUUGGCCAUGGUAAUCCUGGGUAAGCUGAAGAUCUACAAGUUCCCCGUCUACGUUUUGGCCCAGAUGAUGGGAGCCUUCGCGGGGGCGGCAGCAGUGUUUGGGCUAUACUAUGAUGCCUUUAUGGACUUCACCAGUGGGAUUCUGUCGGUGACGGGCAUCAACGCCACAGCUCACAUCUUUGCCUCCUACCCCGGACGGCACCUGUCUAUCCUCAAUGGCAUGGUGGAUCAGAUAAUUGGAACGGGGAUGUUGGUGUUGUGUAUUCUGGCCAUUACGGACGGCAAGAACAUCGGUGCGCCGCACGGGGUGGAGCCAGUGGCAGUGGGGGCGGCUUUGCUGGCCAUCAGCGUUUCCAUGGGCCUGAACUGCGGCUAUCCCAUCAACCCCGCACGAGACCUGGGGCCCCGCCUCUUCACCUUCGCUGCCGGCUGGGGCCUGGAGGUCUUCAGCACGGGGGAUAAUUGGUGGUGGAUUCCUGUGGCGGGCCCCAUGGCGGGGGGUGUGGCCGGAGCUGUCAUCUACUUCCUGUUUGUGAAGGUGCACCACCACCACCACCACGCCCAGAAGCCCCAGGAGGAGACGGAGGAGGAAGAGGAGGAGGAGGAGGAAGAGGACGACGAGAGCCUCAAGGACAAGGAUCAACUCUUUCCCCAGCCAGUCGAUGAGAGGCCAUUCGAAUCAGACUUUGACGGAGUUUUCAGCAAAAGCUACGACAUGUAUGAUAGCUUGGCGGACAAGUGUUAGCAUGUUAGCCAACACAAGGCUAACAGCACCAAGGAGCGACAGUGCCUCUCCAGCAUCACUGAUGUGUUAUAAUACUGUAGGUGAGAGUGUUGGAGCAGUGUGCUAGCUGUCAGAUGCUAACGCUACGUUUUGGUGCUGCUCCAAAAGAACACCAUGUAUCGCAUCUCUGUGUAUCUCUUAUCUGAGCUAACAGAAGGAUAUAAUGCCCACCGAUCACUGGUCACUACGCCUCAGUGUGUGUGUGUGUGUGUGUGUGUGUGUGUGUGUGUGUGUGUGUGUGUGUGUGUGUGUGUGUGUGUGUGUGUGUGUGUGUGUGUGUGUGUGUGUAGGUACAUGUGUGUGUGUAUAUGUGUGCGCCAGCGUGUGUGUA